AUCCGAGUCCCGGAGAAAUCGAUCGUAGCUCUGUGCCCUUCCCAUUUUAAAGAUCAGUUCUCUCGAGAGGGAAAGAAAAGUUCGUUUCUUUUUCUCAAUUUUUGUUUUUUUUGUGGUUUUUGCUCAAUUACCCGUUUCAAUUUCGUUAUUUCUAUCAUUUCACCGAAAGCGCGUCGAACCCUAAAACCCCUUCAUUGCUUUUUGCGGGUCAAGCUUGGCUUCGAGUUUUCUAGGGUUUCGUAUCUGAAUCUCUGGAGAAGAAAAAACUCUGUUGUGGGUUUUCUCUCAAGCUUCUGAAAACAGAGCUUCAUAAGUGACAGCUUUUCAUUUGGAUGGGAAGUCUCUGUAGUUAAACUACAUAGCGAUAUGGAAGCACAAAUUCAUCAACUUGAGCAGGAAGCAUAUACUGCUGUUUUAAGGGCCUUCAAAGCGCAGUCUGAUGCAAUUUCUUGGGACAAAGAAAGCUUGAUAACAGAAUUGCGUAAGGAAUUGAGAGUAUCUGAUGACGAACAUCGAGAGCUUCUGAGCAGGGUCAAUAAGGACGAUACUAUCAUAAGGAUAAGAGAUUGGAGACAGGGAGGCGGAAGCCAAAUUUCUUCUAGACAUGCAGCUAUACAGAAUCUUGAUGUUCUUCCUAGUCCAGCUUUCACAGCUUCCCGGAAGAAACAGAAGACGUUCCAAUCUUAUCAUCCAUCAAUUGGUGCGACUGGAAAUAGGUCAUUUAAUAAUCGUGUGGUGACGGGUGGCGUAGGAGCAGAAUCUGCUGAAGCUCUUAUCGGAAGAAAAGUGUGGACAAAAUGGCCUGAAGACAACAACUUCUAUGAAGCAAUUAUAACUCAGUACAACGCAGAUGAGGGUCGGCAUGCUUUGGUGUAUGACAUAAACGCAGCAAAUGAAACGUGGGAAUGGGUUGAUCUCAAGGAAAUCCCACCGGAAGAUAUAAGGUGGGAUGGAGAGGAGAGUGGGGUGGCUUUAAGCACUGGACAUGGAAGUGGACCACUCCGCGGCAAUCGAAGAAGCCAAAGCCAUAUUGGUAGAGGCAGAGGACCAAGAAUUCAUCAACCGAGAAGAGAAUUUGUACCACCACCAACACAACAAAAUGGUGGUGGUGGUCAGAGAACUUCCUCUGAUGAUAUUGAAUUGUUCAACACAGACUCGCUUGUGAAGGAGGUGGAGAGAGUUUUCGAUUCCGCGCACCCUGAUCCUCUCGAGCUUGAUAAGGCCAAGAAAAUGCUUAAGGAACAUGAACAGGCGCUUAUCGCUGCCAUUGCAAGGCUUGCUGAUUCUUCUGAUGGAGAUAUCGAUGGAGAUCCACCAUAUUCGCAUGACCAUCCAAUGCCACAGGGAUGAUGGAGAAGCUGUCUGUGUCACGCAUGGUUUGGUCAUCAUCAACCUAAGGACUCUGGAUUCAAAAAGAAACACUACACUGUGCUUAUAUGACUAAAAAUUGCUUGAGAGGUUAGCUUAGAAGAUGGAAUUAGUCAUCUUCUUUUGGAAUUGUGGUCACCCCAAAAUGUAUGAAAAUUUGUUAGGAUUGGAACUUUAGGAUUCUGCUUGUAAGCACAGUGUAUUUGAGUUUAGAAUGUAACCUGUGACUAUGAUUGACCAUGUAAAUGUUCUUCAGUCCACCUCCAAGAGAUAAUCAGACCUGCCAUCAAAUAUGCAUACAGUAAGUUUAUUUGAGA